AGCCCCCCCAACCCUGCCGGGGGUCCUGCAGGUGGGAGGUGCUGGGUGACUUUGGGCGUCCGCACAGCCUGGGGAGGGUGACUGUGUAGUGUAGUCCCGGCAGGUUAGCUUUCCUUCUUUUCGGGUUGUAGGCCUGUGCUGCAAACAUGAUCCGCCAGAUCAUCGGUCAGGCCAAGAAGCAUCCUAGCUUGAUCCCCCUUUUCCUGUUUAUUGGAGCGGGAGGUACUGGAGCCGCACUGUAUUUGACACGUCUGGCACUGUUCAAUCCGGAUGUCAGUUGGGACAGAAAGAAUAACCCAGAACCCUGGAAUAAAUUGGGUCCUAAUGACCAAUACAAGUUCUACUCAGUGAAUGUAGAUUACAGCAAACUGAAGAAAGAAGGUCCCGACUUCUAAGUGAAAUGGUUCACUGUAAAGCUGCUUAGAAUGAAGGUCUUUCAGAAGCCAUCCGCACAAUUUUCCACUUAACCCGGAAAUGUUUUUCCUCUACAUGCAUGAAAUCAUGUUGAUUUGUUGAAGUUACACAGAUUAAUAAAUCUCUGAAACUUGA